AGGAGCAAAGCACGACCCAAUACAAUAUGCGAUAAGUAACAGGGAAAGCGGAAGCACCGACUUGCCCGCGAUGCCUCCACCGAGCAGUCCAACCAUUAGGAGUCCGCGACGAGCAGCCAGUCCGAUAGAAUCAGCACCGCCGCCGCCGCCGCCGCCCGAUCCACGUCCGCUCACUCCAUUGUCCUACCUCAGCUCACCCGUACCCGAUCUCGCCUCUACACUCCAUACCGUGAGUGACGAUGUGGAUGAAGCCAACGUGAGCUUUUUGCGAGAUUCACUGGAAUCCUUGGACCGGGCAGAAGUGAACAGGAAUAGUAGCCGCCAAGAUAGACAGAAUCAAUCACAUGUGGACACGAGGAGAGACCCACGUUUGAAUCGAGCGAGCGAGCGUAGUGGGACCCAGACUCCCGCCGAGACGCUGGACGACUCUUCGCGGCGGGAAAGGCUGCAGAGAGUGCUUGCCCGACUGAACCGCAUUCACGAUCCCGCUGCUUCGUCAGCAUCAGCAUACAGCAACCGCACACCAUCCCCGAAUCGCCAGUCCUUGUACGACUGGGCUCCGUCACAUGACGAGACAGCACGAGAGGACGAGAGUGAGCUCGAUCAGAUUCUCACGGAGCUACGCCGGCAGCAACCUGAUACGCACCCGGAUAUUCUACGCGUGCUCAGCCAGAGUCAGCUGGAUGCGGCACGCCAGCGCGAUAGAGACUCGCACGUGCCCUCUACCACUGACUUGACCGAUGCCGCUGAAAGAAGAGACCGGCUUAGGGAGCGGAGACGGCGGGAGAGCGAGUGGGUGAGCCUGAGAAGUAGGGCUGUGUUGCAGCGUGCGAGGCAGGAAAGCUCGCCGUCAGCCACGGAGCGCAUGCUGAGGUACGUCAUGGAGAGAGAGCGAAGCGGUAUGAGUGAAGAGGAAGAACGCGCACGGGGGACAGGCUGGGUCAGUCCAAAUGCCAAUGGUAGUGGAAGUGGCAGUGGUAAUCGAUCUGGCGAGCAACACAGAGCAAGCACUCCAGCAAGCAGAGAGUCAUGGCCUUUGCCUCCAUCCGCGAACGAGCUGCGUACCAGGACUAUGCAGGAGCGAGCGGAAGCCAUGCAGAGACGAUAUAUGACCGAAAAUCCGCCUCCUCCACGACUUCCGCGAAUAUCGACUCCUCCAGUGCCCUCGAGCUCCACGCCCUCGAAUUCAAGCCCGCAAUUUCUUGAGAAUGCUUUGAAGUAUCUCAAUCAAUUGCGGAAUUGUUAUACCUACGAGUCGGCUCUUUCAGCGGCAAUUGAUCAUGGAUUGGCUACAAAGGAGUUCUUCGCCGACAAGCACGACGACUUCGUGAUGGAUCUUACGGAACUCAACCCUGUCGCGGGCUCGUCCUGGCUACAACCAGGCACAGUGUUUGAAGGACACCAACACGCUACGAAUGGCAACACUGGCUUGCUACAAUCCAGAUCAAGUUCCGCUUCUCAUUCCAUCGAGCAGAUCAACCCCAAUUACCGCAAUCAGGGCGGAGCCACUACGACAGGAUUCGACCACCCACCAGGCUCAACGCGAGUAACACCCUUCGACGCCACCCGGCCGUGGCUCUCCCAUCAACUCGUCCCCCCAAAUCCAAGCACUCUCUCGCCCAAACCCCCAGAUCCCUCUCACGACCGCUGGCCAGUACGAGUCAUCAUCCACUCCAUCGACGAAGAAAGAAUGUCCCUCCAAGGCACAAUGGAAGCCUACGACGUCCCCCAACACCCCGCCGGCAUCUCCAUCCUCAACACCUCCUCCGACCGACCCAAAGCCGGCAAAAAACACGCCCCCAUCACCACUUAUCUCGAAGGCCACAUCAUCGACCUCCAAACCCACUCUUUCCUCACCCCCAGCGCCGCAGAUACCAAACGCCACGGUCCCCACCCCACAUCUCCCGAAAACUCUACCCCUUACACCACCC